AUGGUGAUCAUUGAAGAAGCCUCUUCUUCCCCAUCUUCUUCCACCCGUCCAUGGAAGUACCAUGUCUUUCUGAGUUUUAGAGGUGAGGAUACACGCUACAAUUUCACAGGCCAUCUAUACAGUGCUUUACGUCAGAAGGGAAUCACCACCUUCAUGGAUGAUCAGCUCAAACGUGGAGAAGAAAUAUCAACAGCACUAAUCCAAGCAAUUGAGCUCUCCAAGAUUUCAAUCAUUGUGUUCUCUAAAGACUAUGCAUCCUCCAAGUGGUGCUUGGAUGAACUUGUCAAGAUUCUUGACUGCAAGAAAUCAAAUCAACAAAUCGUUUUGCCAGUUUUCUACAAAGUCGAUCCCUCGGAUAUACGAAAUCACAGAGGUACCUUCAGGGUAGGACUUGCUAAGCUGGGACGCAAAUUCAAAGAUAAGGACAAGGUGCAGGAAUGGAAGAAUGCUCUCUCAAAAGCAGCUCGUUUGUCAGGGUGGCCUCUCGAUGAAAAAUGCUCCGAAGCCAGUGUUAUUCAGGAAAUCAUUGAACUUAUAUCAAAGAAACUCGUAAACAUUACAAAUUUGGAUGUGGCCAAGCACCCAGUAGGAACAGAACCUCGUGUGAAAGAGAUAGAAAAGCUUUUAGGUGUCGAGGGAAGAGAGGUUCAUAUGGUAGGGAUAUGGGGGACUGGUGGAAUUGGUAAGACAACAAUUGCAAAAGCUGUUUAUAACUCAAUUGCUCUUAAAUUUGAUGGGAGUUGUUUUUUAGAAAAUGUUAGAGAGAAUUCAAUGGGUAACGAAGGUUUCGUCAAGCUACAAAAGAAACUUCUUUAUGAGAUUCUAAGGGAAACAAUGGAGGUGGCCAAUGUGGCUAGAGGAAUCAGUAUGAUCAAGGAAAGGUUGCAAUACAAAAGUGUUCUCUUAGUUCUUGAUGAUGUGAGUGACAUAAAACAGUUAGACAACCUAGCUGGUCAAUGUAGUUGGUUUGGAAUGGGUAGUAGAAUCAUCAUAACAACAAGGGAUAAGCAAUUGCUGAGAUGUCUUGGUGUUAAAUUAAUAUACAAGGUCCAGGAAUUGGAUGAUCAUGAAGCUCUCGAGCUUUUUAGUAUGAAUGCCUUUAAAAGAAGCCGGCCUUUGGAUGAUUAUGCAGAGCUCACAGAACGUGCAGUGCGAUAUGCUCAAGGCCUUCCAUUGGCUUUGACUGUUCUAGGCUCUUCUCUAUAUGGUGGCAAUGUGGAGAAAUGGCAAGCUGCAUUAGAUGGUUUCGAAAGCCGUGAAAUUAAAGAUGUUCUCCAAAUAAGUUACGAUGGAUUGGAUGCCGUAGUGAAGGCAGCUUUUCUUGACAUUGCAUGUUUCUUCAAAGGUGAAUACAGGGAACAUGCGGUACAAAGACUUGAAGCCCUUGGUCGCAAACAUGCUAAUGUUAUCAUUGAUGUGCUCAUAGAAAAGGCCCUCAUCAGUAUUGGAUACCAGAAUUGCAUCUGGAUGCACGACUUGCUAGCAGAAUUGGGUACAGAUAUAGUUCACAAAGAGUCACCCGAUGACCCUGGAAAGCGUAGCAGGUUGUGGUUUCAUGAUGAUGUUUACCGUAUUCUAACAGAGAAUAUUGGAACAAGGAAAAUCAUAGGCAUCAAGGUGGAGCUACCCAAAGAUUCAGAUGUGAUAUGCUUUAGUGGUACCACUUUCUCCAACAUGCAAAAUCUUAGAUUGUUCAUAUACCGUGCUGGACGCUAUUCUGGAGUCGCUGAUAAUUUGCCAAACAGCUUGAGGGUAGUUGAUUGGCCUAACUGUCGUUUAAGAUUUUUGCCAUCCAUUCUUCCAAGAGAACUUGCUCUACUCAAUAUGCCUAUGAGUCGCAUCACAGUAAUGGGAAAUGGACUCAAGCAUCUAAGAUAUCUGACAUCAGUAAAUCUAAGAGGUUGUCAACACCUAACAGAAGUCCCAGAUUUAUCGGGAAGUCCAAACUUACAACGUUUGGAUCUAGAGGGCUGUAUAAAUUUAGUUGAAAUGAACCCUUCUGUUGGAUUCCUCAAUGAACUUACUUAUUUAAGUGUUAUCAAUUGCCCUAGCCUUGAGACUUUUCCAAAGGAAGCUAGUUGGAAAUCCAUGAGGGAGCUUCUGCUUGGCUAUUGUCCAAGGCUUAAGAACUUCAUAAAGAUUGUGCAAAAGAUGGAAUCCAUUAGAGAAGUGAAUCUAUAUGGAUGUGGCAUAAAAGAACUCCAUUCAAGUAUUGAAUAUUGCACUUCCUUGGAAGCUUUGAUUUUGGUUGGAAAUCCAAUCAGACAAUUGCCUUCAACAAUUGGUUUGUUAACUUCCUUGGUGGUAUUGGAAGCGUCUGAAACACUCAUUGAAGAACUGCCUUCAACGAUUGGAAAUCUUACUUCUUUAAGAUACUUGAAGCUGUCUGAAACUCUCCUCAGACGAUUGCCAUCAUCGAUUGGGAGUCUCACUUCCUUGGAGAAGUUGGACGUGUCUGAAACUCUCAUUGAAGAACUGCCUUCAUCAAUUGGUUAUCUCACUUCUUUAAGAGAAUUGAGUCUGUUUAAAUCUCACAUCAAAGAAUUGCCAUCAUCAAUUAAGGGUCUUACUUCUUUAAGACAACUGAAGCUGUCUACAACUCCCAUCAAAGAAUUGCCUUCAUCGAUUAGGUAUCUCACUUCUUUGGUUCUGUUGAAUGUGUCAAAAACUCCCAUUAAAGAACUGCCUUCAUCAAUUGGUUGUCUCACUUCCUUGAAGGAAUUGGACGCUUCUGACACUCUCAUUGAAGAAUUGCCUUCGUCAUUUGGAGAUCUCAUUCGCCUUCAACGUUUUACACUGAAAGGAUGUAUAAACCUUAGAAAUGUGCCGCAAAGUGUUUACGGAGGGCUGCAACAUCUAGAAGAACUAGACCUCUCUUGUUGCCCAAAACUGGUUACAUUUCCAAGCAGGGCGAGCGCUUUGGUUUCACCAAGUGCAGAAUCACUUCCUCUGAUGCUUCCAACCAAUUUAAACAUUGCAGAUGAUGAUUGCGGUCAAUUAUUGUUUCCCGAGCUAUGGCAUCUACGUUUUGAAGAAUUCAAAUUAUCAGUCUCUGAUUUCCUAAUGAAUCUUGACUGUGUGAGCACAUUAUUGACACUUAAUCUAUCAGGAAGCAGUUUCGAUAGUCUUCCCGCAUGCAUCAGCAACUUUCGUAGGUUGGAAUCUCUAGAUUUGGGUGGUUGCAAGAAGCUUCUAGACAUCUCAGAACUUCCAGCACCUAUACAAAGCAUAAACCUGGAUGAUUGCGUAUCGUUGGAAAGAUUUUCAGAAUUAUCAAAUAUACUGCAACUGAAAGACACUCCAGGAUUUCUUCGCAGGAUGAAAUUGUCUAAUUGCCAUAGACUGGUAAAUAAUCUUGGCAGGAACAUGGUGUCGGAGAUGGCAAAAGCAUUACUGAACCAGAUGGUGUCUGACGGCUUAGCUUGGUAUGUGGAGGACUGGAACAUUGUACUCCCGAGUCUCCCAGGAAUUGAAGUUCCGAAGUGGUUUGAUUCGGGUAAGGUGUACACAAGUGUGCUUCCUGGUCAUGAAACUGAGUAUGAUAUAUGUGAACUUUUGAUCAAAAUCCCUAGGACUUUGAAGGGCAAGAGAAUAGGGUUGGUUAUCUGUGUAGUAUUUAAAAUUACCCAAAACUUUACUGGAGGUUCUUGUGGUUGUACCGCGACAUUUGUGAUAAAUAAAGAACUGUAUGAUGGCAGCAGUGAAAGCAAUUUUGGUUCGAAAGGGACAGAGUUAUCAGCUCACAAGAAUGUAUGUUUGUGCCUCGCACGUAUUGAUUUCAAGGAGCUAAAGGUGGUGGAUCGUGUGGUUCGUGUGAUUUUUCGCACGUAUAGUAGUAGUUCAGCUGGUCCAGGGUUGCUCCUAAAGAGUUUCGGGGUUCACCUGGAAAAUUUCCAAAAGAAUAUUGAUAAUCAAGCAUGCGGUGAAGACUUGGCACUCGAAAGAUAUAGGCCGAGCAAUUCUAGCAGCUCUGAUUUCGACGAUGAAGAAGGAGAAGCUGUAGCAUCAAAUAUAGGCAGAGCAAUGCUGGCAUUUCUCAGGUGCUUUGGAAUUACCUGCUUGUGA